UAUCCCCUCGCUCGCCGCUGCUUUAUCGCCCGUUCAUUCAUCAUGCCUCAGAACGAGUACAUCGAGCGCUGGCAGAAGCAGCACGGUAAGCGGCUGGAUCACGAUGAGCGUACCCGCAAGCGCCAGGCCCGUGACUCGCACAAGCAGUCGAAGGAUGCGCAGAACCUGCGCGGCCUGCGGGCCAAGCUGUACCAGCAGCAGCGCCACAAGGAGAAGAUCCAGAUGAAGAAGCGCAUCCGGGCCCAGGAGGAGAAGAACGUCAAGUCGUCCGCCCCCGACGAGCCUUCCAACACCCCUCUGCCCCAGUACCUGCUCGACCGGUCCCAGGCCACCAACGCCAAGGCCCUCUCCAGCGCCAUCAAGGACAAGCGGAAUGAGAAGGCCGCCAAGUUCGCCGUGCCCCUGCCCAAGGUCAAGGGUAUCAGCGAGGAGGAGAUGUUCAAGGUCGUCAACACCGGAAAGAAGACCCACAAGAAGUCGUGGAAGCGCAUGAUCACCAAGCCCACUUUUGUUGGAAGCGAUUUCACCAGACGGCCCGUCAAGUACGAACGGUUUAUCCGUCCCAUGGGUCUGCGUUACAAGAAGGCCAAUGUUACGCACCCCGAACUCGGCGUCACCGUCCAGCUGCCCAUCCUUUCCGUCAAGAAGAACCCCCAGAACCCCCUGUAUACCCAACUGGGUGUCUUGACCAAGGGUACCAUCAUCGAAGUCAACGUGUCCGAACUGGGUCUCGUCACCACCUCCGGAAAGGUCGUCUGGGGUAAAUGGGCCCAGAUCACCAACAAUCCCGACAUGGAUGGCACGGUCAACGCCGUCCUACUCGUCUAAUCACAAUCAAUCAAUCAAUCACAUCAUUCACCCCCAUCAAUGAUCGAUCAUGAACCUCCCCCACCCCUCCCCACCUCAUCCUUCAUAUUUCACAUCUAUCCUACCCACCAUAUCACUAUCACUAUCACCAUCACCAUCCCUACCUAUCUCUCAAUCUCAAAAUAUGCCCGGUUGCGUUGGUUUGUGUCCGUCUUUGCAUAGACUAUAUCAGUGGGUGUGGCGUUAGCGGCGCGCAAAGUCUCCUUCCUGUUUCAUUUUGCUCCUCCUCUUCCUCCUCCUCCUCCCUCCCUUUUGUUUUUUUUUAGACAGAAAUGAAAAUAAAUAAAGGGUUUCUUGUUGGUUUCUUGUGCUGUUGCUGUGGAUUUGGUUCGCUUUGGUGCGAGAGAGCGGAUCAUUCGUAUGUAUAUUACCUGGUACAUACCUUAUCUAUCUACCUUGCCCUACUUGCUUAGAAAUUGAGUG